UCAACCGAGGACUGUGAGUCAGUAGGCUUCGACAGCAUCCUGUGAAACUCUCUGGAAACUUUGGGAUUCAGGAUUUGAGUUCGCUUUUGGACUUUGCCACUUUUUGAAUUUAUAAAAAAUAAAUUGGGUUUUUUCCCCCGUGUGUUUACAACACAGCAGAUUAAAAGCGAGAAUCAUGCAGAUACCGGCACACCGCUUCUUGGCUGUGUAUCUCACGCUGUUUGGAUACCUUGGGGACGUCUACACGGGAACAGUCCUUGUAAACUCCAAUGCUAUCAAGAACCUGCCCGGUGCUUCGGGGGGUAAAGGCUCCGACACUGUCAGCCCGAGUCCGCGCACCUCUCCCUCCGGAAGCUUUGGACACAAAUUACCCGUGGACACCUUGCAGCAGUCAGCUGUUUGCACGGGUGAUGAAGACUGUGGAGGUGAUGAAUUCUGUAACGACGCUCGAGGCGCCUGUCUGCCCUGCCGUAAGAGCCGGAAGCGUUGCGCACGGGACUCCAUGUGUUGCGCAGGAAACCGCUGCAGCAAUGGUGUUUGCCAGGCAAAUGACAUAGAUGGUGCAGAUGCAUCCAUCGUCACAGGCUGGCACAAACACAACAACACCAUGGAGCAUCAUGCUAAAAAGCCUUCCACUGCCCACAACAAUCAGCCUAUUUCUACAAAAGGCCAGGAAGGGGAUAAUUGUCUGAGAUCUGCAGACUGCUCUGAGGGUCUGUGCUGUGCCAGACACUUCUGGUCUCGCAUCUGUAAGCCUGUGCUGACGGAGGGCCAGGUGUGUACGCGCCACCGCAGGAAAGGCACCCAUGGUUUGGAGCUGUUCCAGCGCUGCGACUGCGGAGACGGUCUAUCCUGCCGACCAGAGAAAGGAGAGCGAGACCUCAGUGUCAGCAGGACAGCCCGGAACCUACACACCUGUCAGAGACGCUGACACUAAAGCGUGAACACACAGUGACAAAGAAACACACACACAUCCUGCAAACCCACAAAUCAGUCAUAUACACUGACAUACACUUUUCAGCUUUCAUUCCACCAGAGAUGCUGACACAAAAACACGUAGACACCCAACACCUAAGACAUUCUUUCCUGCCAAAGUUGCUGACACAAACAGCACCCGGAAGGAUGGACAUGAUUCCUGGUAAAGUGAUACACCCAGAGGGAUGCAACAGUGCAAGACAGACUGAUCCAGUUCCCCAUUAACAGUCGGAAGUUAGGAAGUGAUAUUUCAGAAGUCUUGGGGAGAUCGAUUCAUGUCGUCGGUAAUGGCAGAGCUGUUUUGUUUCUCUUUUUAUGGAACUUCAAGCCUCAGUUAUUGCAGUAAAUUACUGCAUUGUAAAUAUUAUCCUGGCACAUAAUUGAGCUAUUGAAUUCUGUCAACACCAGUAUUAUAAAGACAUGGUGCUGCAUGCAUUGUAAAUCUGUUAUAUAUAUUGUUUUAUAAGAAAAUGUUCUAUAGAAAAUGUGAAUAUAUUUGUUUUAUUAAACAACAUUCGAUAACCUUA